UGAGUUGCACCGGUUCCACUUACACCACCCGCCCCGCUUGACGUCUGGACAAGCAGUGAACAAAAGAACAACAAUCAAGACGCGCAAGAAGUCGCUGCCAUCAUGAAGAAAUUCCUCGGCCUGAGAGGCAAGCACCUCAACUGGGCUAUCAGCGCCGUCGCCGGCUGUGAUUUCCUGCUCUUUGGUUACGAUCAGGGUGUCAUGGGCGGUAUCUUGACUCUGCCCAUCUUCCUAGCUCAGUUUCCCGAUAUCAACGAUAGCGAGGAUGGAAUUAGUCCGUCCCUGAAGUCCACUCGUUCCACGAACCAGGGUAUUGCCAUCGCCUCGUACAACCUCGGCUGCUUCCUUGGAGCUGUCAUCACCAUCUUCAUUGGAAACCCUCUUGGUCGCAGAAAGAUGAUCUUUCUCGGCACCACCAUCAUGGUAAUUGGUGCCGCUUUGCAGGCAUCCGCUUUCUCUCUGCCCAUGUUUAUCAUCGCGAGGAUCCUUACAGGAGUUGGGAACGGGGGGAACACAAGCACUGUUCCUAUGUGGCAAUCCGAGACAUGUUCAUCACACAAUCGCGGCAAACUGGUCAUGAUAGAAGGGAUGCUCAUAACGGGGGGAAUUGCAAUAUCGUAUUGGCUUGAUUUUGGGCUUGCGUAUGCCCCAGGUUCGGUCUCAUUUCGCUUUCCAUUGGCGUUUCAGAUCGUCUUUUGCCUGACUAUCCUGACCUUCGUAAUGAGCUUGCCCGAGUCCCCUCGAUGGCUCAUUCUCAAGGGAAGAGAAGAAGAGGCUCGCGAGGUCAUUGCUGCUAUUUUCGAUCUCGAUCUGCAUGACAAGCACGUUGAAGACGAGGUUAAGGAAAUCAAAGACACCACAUCCGAGAUGAGCAAGGGUACAUUCUCUGACUUGUUCAAGCGCAACAAGAACCGCAAUUUGCAUCGAACCACUCUUGCAUUCGUGAUUCAGAUGUUUCAGCAGAUUUGUGGAAUCAACCUGAUCACUUACUACGCGGCAAAAAUCUAUAGCGAUCUUGGCAUGUCUCCGACAAUGUCCCGUUUACUUGCGGCUAUCAACGGUACCGAAUACUUCAUCGCAUCGUGGCCUGCUGUGUGGUUGGUAGAACGUGUGGGACGCCGAAAGCUGAUGCUAUUUGGUGCGGCGGGACAGGCCGCUACCAUGGCUACCCUGGCCGGCGUCGGCUCUCAAGAUACCAAGCCCUUCCAGAUUGCUGGAAUUGCUUUGCUUUUUGUCUUUAACACCUUCUUCGCCUUUGGUUGGCUGGGCAUGACCUGGUUGUAUCCUGCCGAAAUUACUCCUCUGAGUACUCGUGCUCCCGCCAACGCUCUAUCAACCUCGUCCAACUGGAUCUUCAACUUCAUGGUUGUCAUGAUCACUCCUGUCGCAUUCACCAAUAUCAAACAUCACACUUAUACUGUGUUUGCAAUCAUCAACGCACUUAUCGUGCCGUGUGUUUGGUUCUUCUUCCCUGAGACAGCAUACCGGUCACUCGAGGAAAUGGAUGUCAUCUUCCAGAAAGUGUCUGGGUGGUCCGCAGCUUUCGAUGUCGUCAAGCAAGCAAAGAUCGAGCCGUAUCGCCACGGCAAGAACGGCGAGCUUCUCAUUGUAAUCGACGAGAUCGACGAAAAGGCCAACGUUGAACACCAAACCGGCAGCUCGAGCAACGACAUUGCGGCCAGUACCCCAGCUAUGUUUAUAUCGACGGAUGAGGAGAACCAGCGCCGCCAGAAGGAAUAA